AGCGCACUCUCUCUCUCGGGCUAUGCUUUGCAAGAGGGUCGUCGUCGUCGUCGUCUGGCCUGGCCUGCUAGCGUUGUUUUGCUAAAUUCCUACACCCUUUUCUCGCAGUCAAGUUGAGUUUGAGAGCAGCAGCCACCAUCAAGAAGAAAAAAGGUGAAAAUUUUGCCGCAAAUCGAGCUGAAAAGUAGGCAGCGCCGUUCGGAUGUAAACAAACAAUGAACUUCUUCAUCCCGAACGACCAGCUGAAGCGGGAUGGAAUCUACCUCCCACAGCAUCUUCCUAUGCUCCCGCCGGGACUCCAGCAGAACCACUACCAGCUGCAGCAAAUCCACCAGCAACACUUGCAACAGCAGCAGCAGCAACAACAGCAACAGUCCACUGCCCAGCACCAUCAGCAGCAGCAAUCUGGUAAUCCGCCACCCCCGCAACAGCAACUACAACCUCCACCGGGGAUGAUUGUCAACCUGAAGAAGGAGAUCGAUCCGUACGAGAACAAUACACCUCCGGUGUCGCAUAACGUCGUCGUCCAGCACAUCCAGCACCAGCUGAACGUGCCUCAACUGCUGGCCGCCGGAGGACUGCUGCAGCAGCCUCCCCAGGAUCAGGGUUCCGCUGGCGGACCACCUUCUGGAGCGACUCCCGCACCUGCCACCACGGGCAAAAAGAAGAAAAAACCGAAAGCGGCCAAAACCAUCGUUCUGCCACCCCUUCCGGAGGGGUUUAUCAUCAAGAUCAAGGAGGAGUACACCGAGAACUACGUGCGCACCGUUACCAAGAUCCCCGAGGAGCAGUUCAUCCGGACGAUCAAACCGCCGGGCAAGAAGGAGCGCAAGUACCACGACUACAACCAGGUGUCCGAGUAUCGGUGCGACAUCUGUGGCAAGUACUUCAAGGACAAGUACAAACUCAACUACCACGUCCGGAUCCACAGCCCCGAGCUGUCCCACAGGUUUACUCACAGGUGCGACGAGUGCGGCAAGGUAUUUGCCCACCAGUCAACGCUGACCAACCACAAGCGGAUCCAUUCGGGCGAGCGCGCCUUCAAGUGCGCCACCUGCGGCAAGGCGUUCGUGCAGAGUUCGGCCCUCUCGAACCACACCAAGAUCCACACGGGCGAGCGGCCCCACGAGUGUCUCAUCUGCGGCAUCAGCUUCAUCCAGAAGAUCAACCUGAUCUACCACAUCCGCAUUCACAGCAACGAGCGGCCGUACCGGUGCAACAUCUGCAACAAGUCGUUCAUCCAGCAGAGCCAUAUCAAGAACCACAUGAAGGUGCACAAAAAGGGCAACCCGCUGGACUGCAGCAUUUGUGGGAAAAGCUACACGGAUCUCAACGAGCUGACCGAGCACUACUCGUCCCACACGGUCGAGCUGCCAUUUCGUUGCCAGACCUGUGGAAAGUGCUUUGCCCAGGCGAACCACCUCAAAAUUCACAAGAAGAACUUUUGCAACAAAAGCAGCGGCGGCAACAAUUGAGAGAAAGAGAAAGGGAACGCUACUCAGAAACAAUACUAAACAAUUAAAGAAGAGAAAACUAAAAUUGUACGCGACAAACACUGCUGUCACUGUGCGGAAUCAGGUUUUAUUCUGCAAUCAUUUUUGUUAACUAUAGCCUUAAGUUACAGAAAUACAAACAACAAAAAUAGAAACAGGCAGGAAAUUAUCAGUUUUCCGUUUUUUGCGCGUAGACAGCGAGAAAGAAAGAGAAAGAGCGAUUUAUAUUAUAUUAUACUGAUUACCAGUUUUAACAGACUUACACAAACACACACAAGUUUAUAUACAAAACCCCGCAGCCGUGUCCUUUCCCCCUUUCCAAGAGGGUAAAGGGAACAAAACAAACAGAGAAAGAGAGUUUUAAAUAUUAUUAUUUUUUCCUUUUCGUUUUUGUGAUAGUAAAACUAAACGUGUUUUCAUUAACAAUACCUACUUUAGACAGAGAUCAUAUGCAUGCUAGAAAGAGCAGUAAAGAGAGAGAGAGAA